UACAUGGGGAAAUUUAGGCGCCGGGUUUGUUUUGGUUUCCUCUCAUUUUGGCUUGGAUUUCGGACUUCGGAAGUUCGGAGCAAAAUUCUUUCUUGUCUGAUCAGCCCUGGUUUAAAUUUAUUCUUCCAAUUAAAGCAAAAGAAAAAAAGAAAAGGGGAUACUGAGCUUAACCCUGACAUCUCUGAUAUUGAUCUGGGGUCAGGGUUUUGCAAAUUUGGUUGAGAAAAUGUCGAGAAUGGCGCGGAGUUGCCUGCAAUCCGUCCUGAAAAUAGUGAAUUCGGGAAUUGGAAUGGUGGGGAUAGCUACGAUUUUGUAUUCCCUUUGGAUGUUUAUGACUUGGCGAAGGCACUUGGGUCCUAAUCCUCCUGAUGUACCUACCCCUUGGUUCAUCUACUCCUUUCUUCUCAUUGGGGUGACUUUGUGUGUUGUGACAUGCUCAGGGCACAUUGCUGCUGAGACUGCUAAUGGUUGCUGUCUUUGUUUUUACAUGAUAUUUGUCUUUCUGCUUAUCAUGGUUGAAGCUGCAGUAGCUGUGGAUGUGAUUCUAAAUCGCAACUGGGAGGAGGACUUUCCAGAUGACCCAACAGGGAAUUUUAACGAGUUCAAAGAUUUUGUGAGAGAAAAUUUUGAAACGUGCAAAUGGGUUGGCGUGGUUGUAGUUGCUGUGCAGGGUGUAAGUAUGCUACUGGCAAUGAUUCUAAAAGCCUUAGGACCAUAUCCUGAGAGAUACUAUGAGAGUGAUGAUGAUUAUAGUCCAGAUAGAGUCCCUCUCUUGAAGCAUUAUGCCCCUCCGCCUUCAUACGUUGUUGCUGACACACUUCAUCCAUCAAGGAAUGAUUCUUGGAAUGUCAGGAUCAACAGUAAGGUGGGUUUGCAAUACUUUCUUGAUUAUUUUUGAAGAAGUGUCAAUUUUUAUUGGCAUGAUGGCAUUUUGAUGUACCCAUCUGGCAAGCAUGUUUCAUCAUGGUUUGUCUGUCUUUUGGUGUUCUGUCUGGUUUGAUAUCUCAAUUGUUUGCAACAUAUUACUGUGAGAUUUGACAUUUGACUGUGUUUUCACAUUUUGUUUCUCGCAUUUCUUUGAGUCUGCAUGAGUAUAAUUUUAGCCAAUGUGUUUGCUUUAUGAGAAAAUUGCUUAAGCAUGUUUUUUCUAUUGCUAGUUGUCUCUUUUUUCCUUUCUUCCACUCUGCCUCCCUUUCCCUCUUUUGAAUCCAUACAGCUUCUGGGAAGAACUUGAUACUCAGAGUCAAAGUGCACCUGCAGCUUAUCUGCCUGCUUCUCCUUCUAUCCUUUUUGUUUUCUCUUUCAUUCUUUCAUGUCCUGGUUUAGUUCCUUUAGAAGUUUCAGGAAGUUUUUCAAUUUAAUAAGAUUGGCCAAGGAGGCCCCUUGGCCUAGAGGCUAAGGUUGAGGCCCUGGAAUUAGAGGUCUUGGGUUCAAAUCCCCCCCCUGCUCCAUCCCUGCGUCUUAAGUCCCAU